UGAUUGCGGGUUAAUGUUGAGUUCGAGCUGUGGACUUUGAUCGACCCUGUUCGAGUCGGCCCCGGCCCGUUUCAGCUUCCCAGUUGGGGGUGGGGGGGCGUGGGGAGGCGAGCGGCUGCUUCCCACGGAGGAGAUAUUGCUCGCUAGGGUUGCAGAAUCGAAGAAAUGGCGCUCGCCAAGGCCAAGGAAUUCGUCUCCUCCGCUCCCGUCGUCGUAUUCAGCAAGACAAACUGCGCACACUGUGAGUGGGUAAAGGUGUUGCUCACACAAUUAGGAGUUGGUUUUAAAGUGAUUGAGUUGGAUCUUGAAAGUGAUGGAUCUGAUUUACAAUCUGCACUAGCAGAAUGGACUGCUCAAAGGAAAUUGCCGAUUGUUUUUAUUGGUGGAAAUCACAUUGGUGGUUGUGAACGUACAAAAGCCUUCUUCAUGAGAAUGCUACAUGCCCUCGAAGAUGCUUCAAUGGUGAAGAUUGGUGAGCACCUUCAUAUUAUUGAGAAGUUAAAGCUGUCUUCGCCUCCUGCUGUCGAUACUGUACAACUGAGAAGUCAGUUGCCUACUGAUAAAAGCCACUCAGUGUCUGUCACACCAGUUAUUGAUUCUGAAGACCAAGAAGUUAGUGAUGAUGAUGAUCGCAACCAUAAACAUCGUAGGAGGGAGGCUCAAGCCAAUACUUUUGGCAAUGAUGUUCAAGAACCAUCUAUGCGGCAGAUUAAUAGAAAAAGAAAUAGACCUCUUGAGAGUAGGAAAAUGUUCCAUGAUAGUGAUAACAACAGCAAUAUUGAGAGAGAUGUCUCUUCCAGUUUUGAGAAGCGGCGGCCAAUCUUCACGCCAGCCACAGGACGUCCUCCAGUAGGAAAAGGAAGAGGUAGAGGAAGAGGAAGGAGUAUUGUAUCCUGGAGCCAACAAGAUUGCAGAUUUAACCCUAUCGACACGCUUGAUUUUGCAUCACAGGUAGUUUCACAAGGGCUGCCUACACACCCUGGCCUUUUUGUUGGAACAGGUAUACCAAAUGCUGCAACUACACAAAAUGCAUCUUGGGGUGCAUAUGGGUUUGUUCCUGGGAUGAGCAACAGAAUUUUGGAUCCACUCCAGCCACUUGGUUUGCAAGGGACCCUUCAGUCUACGAUUGCUCCAUUAUUCAAUAUGGGAAUGCCUCGGCAGCGUUGCAGAGACUUUGACGAGCAGGGAUUUUGCUUGAGAGGGGAUAUGUGUCCAAUGGAGCAUGGUGUAAAUCGGAUUGUUGUCGAAGAUGUGCAGAGCCUUUCCCAGUUCAAUCUUCCAGUCUCAGAUCCAAAUUCAAAUGCCCUGGGAAUUCAAUCCGGUUCAGGAUCAUUGCCUUCUAUUAGGGCAUCUCCAGGCUUAUUCACCGGCAGCAAAUUUGUACCAGCAAAAGAUGGGAAACCCAUCUUGUCUGAUGAUGCAUUAAAACUGAGUGGAGUUUCAUCUGCGUCUGUUGUUGCUGAAGCUGAUGUAUAUGAUCCUGAUCAGCCUUUAUGGAACAACAAGUGUUCAGAAACAUCUGGCACUGGGUUAAUGCUUCCUUUACUGAACAAUGAUGAACCUCUGUGGACUUUGGAUUCUUCUCAGCAGAGUCUUGUGCCAUCUAAUGGCUUUCAGAAUGAACAGGGAAGUAGACCUUUUCGAGAAAAUAUAGGUACACAGAAUACUAAUUCAUCUGUUUGGGGCCGAAUUCGCCAAAAUAAUAGGUCAGAAAUGGGUAUAAAGACUAAUAACAAUUCAGUUUCUACAAGUCAUAUUUCAGAUGAAAUGAAGGAAGAUAAUGAGAAAUCUACAGUGAAAACUUCUUCCAUUCCAGAAAAACAAAAUACUGCCGAGAUGAAUCAAAAAGCAAUAGUGAGGCAGUCCCUCCCUAGAUUAUAUGCAGACUCUAGUCGUCACAAUGGUAGAAUGUCCCAAAAAGCUUCACGUACUCUCUAUGUACAUGGUAUACCUGAAAAGAACAACACGAAGGAUGCCCUGUUUUCACAUUUCCAGAAGUUUGGUGAGGUUGUUGAUAUUUAUAUUCCACUGAAUAGUGAAAAAGCUUUUGUCCAAUUUUCUACAAGGGAGGAGGCUGAAGCUGCCCUUGAAGCACCUGAUGCGGUAAUGGGUAACCGUUUUAUAAAACUAUGGUGGGCCAACCGUGAUAGAAUUCAUGAUGCUGGGAAAAGUAGUCAUCAUAGUAAGUUGCCGCUGUCAUCUUCUAUGGGGGUGUCCGGUCUUUCAUCUUAUUUAUCUGGAACUGACAAAGAAGAAGGAAAUCUGAAAUCCACAGUUCCAACGGGAAGCAAAACACCUUCUGAAUUGUCGGUGACCGUCGCGGGUCCAAAAGGUUUAUCUGCAAAUGCUCCAAAAAUAGCCUCUCCGAUGCCAAAAAAAUUGGAUGGCUUGGAGCUUUUGAAAGAGGAACUUCGAAAAAAGCAGGAGAUUUUGGCCCAAAAGCGUGAUGAAUUCCGCCGCCAAUUAGACAAAUUUGAGAAACAAUCUAUUUCAGUCAGAAGGGGUGAAGUAGUCUCUGAGCAGGCAGCCAGAAAACUUAAAGUGGAUAUGGGCAAUGAAACUGCAAAAUCUCGAACAGCCAUUGCACCAAUUACUACAGCAAUUACUACAGCAGGCACACUGCAAGAAGUUGAGAAAACAAGAAAAUCUGAGGUGGUUCUUGUUUCACCUACUUCAAUAGCAAAUUCAACAAUCUUGCAAAAUUGCAACACAGAACAGACAAGUCAUCCCUCCAUGCCGAAGUCUGAUAUGUGUAGACUGGAUAAUCAGUCUACUUCAUUCAGGAUUCUUCCUCUGCCAGCUGAUCUCGCAGAUGUUGCUAUUCUGCAGGAUCAUUUUUCAUCAUUUGGUGAUCUUGCCUCCAUAGUACUGGAAGAGCACGGAGAAAGAAGUGAUAAUGACGGCAUGAAGACACCUGAAAAUUUUUGUGCUCAUAUAACUUUCACCUCAUGUGACUCCGCAGAGAGAGCUUAUGUUGGUGGUCAGUGUUGGCAAGGCCAUAGUUUGCACUUUAUGUGGCUGAGUGAAUCUGAUAACUCUAACAAAGUCUGUGACAGCCAAGAAACUUUAGGCCCACCUGGAUCUUCAAGUGCUGACAUCCAAGAUGGACCAGUGAAAUCUGUGAUGUCUUCACCAACUGAAGGAACUUCGUUAGACGGUGUCAUCUGCAAGGUAACUGUUGUGGAAGUUGAGUCUAAUAGCGGUGUGGAGGAUGUACAUUGUUAUCACAGUGAUAUGCUCAACACAACAGCAUCCCGUUCUAAUGUUUCAGUUGCUGAAGAUAAAAUGAGCAUUGAUCUUGCGAAGUGAGGUACUUGUCUGUAUUUUAGUUUCCAAUUAAGGCCUCUGCAUAUGAUGUUUGGAGCUAACUCAUGUUCCUCUGAUCCCCAGUGGAGAAAAAAAGAAGAUUGAACUGAAGGAGCAGAUGUUGUAAGUUGUUAAGAGCAUGUUUAGUUACAGAAUCCCUUAUUGAGAAGAAAAAGAAAAGAAGGCAUGCUUGACCUUGUGGCCGCCUGUAUUGCUUUCUAAAUUUCUUUCGCAAAGCUGAUUUUUUGUUUUUAAUUACUUGAAUGCUUUCAUGUAGCAACUGUGAUUAUUGUUAAUACGAAUAUUACCUCGAUUUUGAUCCGA